AUGGACUUCAUGGCCUUCUCCCUCGUCUGCGUCGGCGUCACGUCCGCCAUGUUCCACGGCACCAUGCGUCAGGCGCCUCAGCUCAUGGACGACCUAUCCAUGCUCCUCCUUGCCGGUGCCCUCCUCCAGCCCAUUUACGCCCUGAACCAGACGCCUUUUCACCGCGUGCUCGUCGCGUUGACGCUGACCUUUGGCAUUGGCACCGUGUCCGUCAUCUACGCCCGCAGCGGCCGCAUCGUCAUCCACAUGUGGACCUUCAUCACGCUGCUGACGUUCAUCUGGCCACGCACACUAUAUCUGGUGCGCAAGACGGGGUAUUCGGGGGCGCAGAAGAGGGUGCUGAUGCGAAGCUUUGCGCGCGCCGGCUGGGCUCUGCUGGCAGGGUACGCGCUGUGGAACGUCGAUCUAGAGCUAUGCCUCGGGUUGAGGGCCCUGAGGGACAAGGUGGGCAUGCCAUUCAGCUGGGGCUUAGAGCUGCAUGGCUGGUGGCAUUUCUUAACGGCGCUGGGCGCGAGUCACUACAUCCGGCUCGUCAGAAUGUUGACGGGAGAGGAGCCGAUCAAGGUGACGCCAGAGGACGAGGCGGUUGUGAAGGCACAUAGGCAGGAGAAGGAGGCCAGGCACAAGAGGUGA